AUGUUCCGUAGUUUACCAGAUAGGGUGGCGGGGCUAUAUUACGCCCACGGCCUGUUUUGCUCCUCUCAUCCUAUUGCAGUCAUUUCAUUGGCAAUCUCAGUUGUAUUACUAUGCUGCUAUCCUUUGGUCAAUUUACCAAUGCCUGGCAAUGUGCCAAGGACUAUAAUCAAUCAUACUAUUGUACCUGAAAACAACACAGAAAACUCUGUGUUCUAUGUACAACAAGUGGUAUUAAGGGUCGGAGUUAUUCCAUGGACAGAGGAAUUAACAUUGAUGGAUGCUUUUAGGGGUCCACUUUAUGAAGUUUUUAAUCUUUUAGAGAUUAUACAAAAUUAUCAGCAUCCAGAAACAUUAAAAACACUUGGUCAAGUGUGCUUACAUGUUGAGGCAGUUAAAAAAAGAAAUGGUAAAAAGUCAGAAGUUUUACCAGAAUACAAUUGUCUUGUUCUUUCCCCUGCAAAUCUAUGGCAAAGAAGUAUUGAACUCUAUGCACAAGAUACAAAUCUUAUAAAUACAAUAUAUUCAUAUCAGAAUCUACAAAAGGGUAAAAUAAGUUUAGCUGAAAUAAUGUUUGGGAUGAAUCUUAAAGAAACUGGAAUAAAACGGUACCCAAUUCGACUUAGGCAAAGAAUUUUACAAUAUGCAGUCACUAUUUACUUAAAAGACUAUGAUCCUGAAUUUAUAAAAGGAUUACAACAUAGAUUAAAAAAUUAUUACCAUCUUCACCAAGUGGAGAGUGAUAAUGCUACUUAUGUACCAAUGGAUGAAACAUUGCACAUCCUAUAUCCUGGUGAAUUUAACUACAGUGACUUUUUCCCACUAAUGAUGACAUUCUUUGCUUUGUUCUUCUAUGUCUAUUUUUCUGUGCGGAAAAUAGAGGUAGUGAAAUCAAAGUGUGGAAUAGCAUUUGGAGCAACAGUAACAGUGAUAAGUUCACUCUCUAUGACUGUGGGUGUAUGCUUUUUUUUUGGCUUAACAUUAAGUCUAAGUGGAAAAGAAGUGUUCCCAUAUUUGGUAAUUAUCGUAGGACUGGAAAAUGUUUUGGUGUUAACCAAAAGUGUAGUGAGCACACCAGCACAUUUGGAUGUGAAAAUACGCGUUGCUCAAGCCCUGUCCAAAGAGGGUUGGUCUAUUACCAAAAAUCUACUCACAGAAGUAACAAUCUUGACAAUUGGAUUGUUCACUUUUGUACCAGCCAUUCAAGAGUUCUGUAUAUUUGCCAUUGUGGGAUUAGUCAAUGACUUCUUUCUUCAAAUGGUGUUCUUUUCGACAAUUCUUGCUAUUGACAUUAAACGGACAGAACUAUCUAGUGAAACAUCCAAAUUUCACAUGCCAAAUAUUCCAACCACGCGCAAACAACAAUUUACCGCUGCCAUAGCUAAUAGAAAGCCAAAUAUUUUCCGAUCAAAAUCCCAUCCAAGAUUAAAUGGCUUAUCCAAUGGACCAACAAAUGUCAUAGCCCCAAAUACACAAAACACUCAUACAUUGGGCAAAAUACCAAAACGUUUGCGUCUAGUACAUUUCUGGGCAAGAACACGAAUAUUUCAGCGUGCCUUUAUGGUAUGGAUGGUUGUCUGGAUCAGUAUGAUUAUCUACAAUUCUGGGAUUGUUGAACAUGUUAUACACUUAAGCGAAACACUAAAGUCAGAGUCUGAUAUGGAAGGAUAUACAGUAGACAGAUCUCAGUCUUUAAAUAAUUAUGUUGAAUUAAAUACCAUGAAACCAGUAUCAAUGCCUUCUGCAACCAUUGCUCCUGAUCAUUUGAAUAAACAGAAUGAUCUAACCAAUAAUGUUACUGAAGAAUUGAAUAAACUAAGACCAGUGGAUUUUCCACCGUGGAAUCGUUUGUCCCUUUACCACUGGUCUUCAAUUCUUUCAAUGUACAACAUCUCUGCUGCUGGUGGACGCAUCAUUAUAUUACCUGCUAUGAAACUAUCACAUGCAGUCAGUGCACAAUUAGCAAAACAAAUCAGCAAUCCAAAUGAUGUACAACAUUUUCAGUGGCAUAGUUUGGCAACUGCUGCCCUUGAUCCUUUAGACUUUUCAGACAUGGAAUUACCAAGCAGAUCUGAGGGUCGAGGUUUUAACGCGGAUGCUCCCUUCAUACCGUCAAGUCCAAUGGAAAUAUUUUUAGCGGCGGUGCUUUGUUUAAUCAGCGUUAUUGUUGUUGCUUAUACAAUGGUUGUUCUCUAUAGAUGUAUUUGUUCAAGAAACUACGCCGAAUGGCGGGCUAGCUGGUAUCAACCAGAAAAGGCCCACGAUUCAGCCACGCAAUUAGUUUUAGAGGCACUGCCUUUAGUUCUUGAGGGGCAUACUCAAGAAGUAGAGUGUAUCGCGACAGACAGUAACACCAUAGCCAGUACUUGUUUGGCUGGUCACAUCAGGGUGUGGGACGCGACGUCUGGUGAACAAUUGGUCCAUAUAGAUAGGAAACAAUUCUUCAGUAGUCCCCAAAGGAGCUUGAAUUACACAACGCCGGAUGUGGAUGAGUUAAUGUCAGAUUAUGAGAGUGGUUCACCACCCUCUAGAGGAGAAAUGGAGAACACUAAUUCGCUUGGAUUAUACUCGACGGCUGUCCACUGCAGAAAAUCGUCUCCUGGAUUGUACAAUAUGCAAAGGGGACAGAACCAUAAUAGCGAUAAAAGGUACUCAAUGGGAAACACAGUAGAUUAUGAUUAUCAGAUCAACGAAUUCGGUCUAGAGAGAAGGAAGAACGCACGCAGAAGCCUAGACAACGGAUACGAUCUUCCUGACCUAAAUUCAGCGAUAAAUAUAAAAUUCUCUUCCAUGAAGUACACGCCAACGCAAAAAAACUGUGAACAUGGUUUCGAUUUUGGUGAUCACUAUAGGCAUCUCUUCGAGGAGCACAAUAAGUCAAUAGACGGGCUACAGAAAUCUGAGAGCCUAGAACAAUUAUACAUACCCAGUGGAAGGUUAAAUUUAAAUUCGUCCGGUUUAGUAGAUAGUGUGACCUCGUCGAACACAGAUAAAACCAUGCAAAUCACGCAUAUUGUGUCUCCCAUCUGGUGCAUGGAUUAUCAGGAGAACCUGAUAGUCGUGGGUUGUGCUAAUGGGAGUCUAGAAUUUUGGGAAGGUACUACAGGUAAAUUUAAAUGUUUGUUCGAUGAUGGUUCAGGAUUAGGGAUAUCCGCCGUGAAAUUUGUAGGCAGCAGAGUGGUAGCAGCUAAGUUAAACGGUUCCAUCGACUUUCUGCAGCUGGAAAGUUAUAGUGAAGGUCAACAAAUUGAUUGGGGUUUCACAUCCUAUAGAAGAACCCAUGUUAGAACAGGGAGUGCUGGUUCACCUAUGGAUAUAAAUAACAUCAUGCAAUCUGAAGAAGACCUUCGUUGCAUGAAAAUUAGUUCUCAUAAAGCACAUCAGCAAGCAAUAACCGUACUCGACAGCGAAGGUGGUCGCGUUUUAACUGGUAGCCAGGAUCAUACUCUUAAAGUAUAUAGAUUGGAGGACCAGCUGCCAUUGUAUACUCUUCAUGGCCAUUGUGGUCCCAUAUCCUGCCUGUUCAUAGACAGGAUUAGCCCCAUGACGUCCGGUAGUGGAUCUCAAGAUGGCCUGUUGUGCGUCUGGGACCUCCUAACUGGAACAUGCAUGUACAGUAUACAAGCCCAUGACGGUGCUGUGGCAGCUAUUACGUGUUCCGUGUCGUAUGUGAUAAGCAUCGGUACCGAUGAAAGGUUAUGUGUGUGGGAACGAUUUCAGGGUCACUUACUACAUGCUCUUCCAGCACACAGAUCAGCCUAUAGUCUUCAGUUAGUUAUGUUAACUCAUCAUCUACUCAUAACCAGCAAUCAGGGAUCAUUAGUAGUUUGGGACGUCAGAACAGGAGAGCCUGUGCGCGAAGUGAGAUUGGGCCACAAGGAUAGUUGUAUUUUCGUAAAGCAAAUGUUAGCGUUAAGGGAUAGCGUAGUGUGCGACUUUGGUCGCCAAUUGCGGAUAGUCAGGUUCCCGUUGGUCUCUGACAAGCUAGACUAAGAGAUUUGUAUAAUGCACCGUUGUACAUAGCUCUGUUUCGUUUCUUAUUUAAUUUUAAAUAACCGAGCAAAGUCCUUACCGCUUAUGGGGAUACAGAUUUUUACACGACGUACAUUUUACAUUUUAAAAAUCAUCGUACACACACACACACACACACACACACGUGCGCGCGUUUUCAUAUGAAUUUUUUACAUUAUUAACUGCAUCAUGGUUGCGCCUUAAUAUAUUUCUACUCUGUCGUGACAUAUACAGUUAAUGCAAAAAAGAAAAAAAAAAGAAGAAAACAUAAAAGCGUAUGCUUGUACUUUUCGACGAAAUACUAACUCGAUACACACGGAGGCACGAGAGCACACAAGAUAAAAAAAAAUCAUAUUUUUAGACAAUUAAAUCCUCGUAUCUCUGUUCAUUGUCUAAAACAAGAAUGGCUGUGCUACAUUUCGAGGCAUCCGUUUUUCUUUCGCGGCGCGAUUUAGGAGCACUUUCAUAGGGCGUCGUUCCUUCUUUCCUUUUUUUUUCCAUCAAUUUUAAGAGAUCUAGAAAAAAGAAGAAAAGAGAACAGAUAGAAAUAGAGAAGCUGCAUUUGUUAAACCGGUGCUGUUCGAACGCAGGCAUGCUGGGCUUUCAUUUCUGCGUUGUAA